UUUGAAAUAGUUAUUAGUAAAACUUAUGGAUCCGAAUAUCCGGACUAAAAAAUCAAAAAUGAUAACUCUUUGUCUCGUUCUCUCUGUUUAAUUAUCAAAGUCUCUCUAUUUAUCCAUAAUUAUAACUCUCUGAUAAGAAACAAAAGUUGAUUAAUUACCAAAGUCUCUCUGUUUAUCCAUAAUGAUAACUCUUUGUCUCGUUCUCUUGCCAUAGGUUUGUUGAUUAUUUAUCAAAAUUGAUAUGUUGUUCUUCUUUGACUUUGAGGACAUAACUACAUCGGGACAUAGCAUCUUCUGUUGGAAAGCUCAUGAAGGGGAAGGUGUUCCAGCUCCUGUCCUGGAGAGUUUGGGUGUAGAUGGUAGCAUUGAAGUUGCAUCAUCAAUGCAGCCGUCUGUCAUUUCAGUUGGGAAGAGGUGGUGUGGUAUAUCUCGUGACACAACAAGACAGUAACCUUGUGUAUUGGAGUUCUCGUGACACAACAAGACAUGUUGUAGUAAUAAAGAAAAAAUUGUUAUUGUAUUAUGAGUUGUAUCUCGUGACCUUGUGUUGUAUCUUUAUGAGUUGUAUCUGGUGACACAACAAUCACCAUUAUGAGUUGUACCUUUAUGUAUAUGUUUCUUUAUAAAUUGUUGAAACACAAUCGCAUAGCUUCUUUCGAUCUACCUUCUUUCUUAUUUUCCAACAUCUACCUUCUUCCUUAUUUCCAACACAAUCGCAUAGCUUCCUUCUUAUUUUCGAACAUCUACCUUCUUUCUUAUCAAAUCCUUUUCACAUUUCUUUCCAAAUAAUCAAAUCCGUUUCACAUUUCUUUGUUUCUAAAUAAUCAAAUCCUUUUCACAUUUCUUUCCAAAUAAUCAAAUCCUUUUAAUGGCAUCUUCUUCUUCUACUAAUUUCGAUGAUGAAAUAGAUGAAAAAUUCGAUCAAAUUUUCGAUCAACAAUUCGAAAAGCUCCUCAUUCAUCACGAAAAUCGCCAAGAACCAUCAAGGUCAAAAAAGAAACGAGCCUACAUUGAAAGACAACGAGAACAAGGACACAUGCAGUUAUGGAACGAUUAUUUUAGUGAAGAUGCAACAUAUCCUUCUCACAUGUUUCGACGCCGGUUUCGAAUGAACAAGCCCUUGUUCAUGCGUAUUGUUGAUCGACUAUCCGCUGAAAUCUCAUACUUUCAACAAAGAAGAGAUGCUACUGGAAGGUUCGGUCACUCUCUGUUACAAAAGGCAACUACAUCAAUUCGUAUGAUGGCAUAUCGUUGCCCAGCUGAUGCAGUCGACGAAUACCUCCGACUUGGUGAGACCACCGCGCUUUUAUGCUUAGAACAUUUUGUUGAAGCAAUCAUAAAUCUAUUUGGAGAUGAGUAUCUAAGAAGACCCACGCCAGAAGAUCUUCAACGACUACUCAAUAUUGGAGAGAUACGCGGAUUUCCCGGGAUGAUAGGGAGCAUUGAUUGUAUGCAUUGGGAGUGGAAGAAUUGUCCGACCGCAUGGAAAGGUCAAUAUACACGUGGAUCAGGAAAGCCAACCAUUGUUUUAGAGGCUGUAGCUUCACAAGAUCUCUGGAUAUGGCAUGCGUUUCUCGGACCUCCAGGUACAUUAAACGAUAUCAAUGUUCUUGAUCGAUCACCGGUUUUUGAUGAUAUCUUACAAGGUCGAGCUCCAAAAGUUAAUUACAGUGUCAACGGACACGAGUACCAUUUGGCUUACUAUCUCACAGAUGAUAUAUAUCCAAAAUGGGCUGCUUUUGUCCAAUCUAUUCCACUUCCGCAAGGUCCGAAAGCAUCCUUAUUCGCUACACAUCAAGAGGAUGUACGUAAAGAUGUCGAGCAUGCUUUUGGGGUCUUGCAAGCUCGAUUUGCCAUAGUCAAAAAUCCCGCUCUUUUGUGGGAUAAAAUAAAAAUUGGAAAGAUAAUGAGAGCAUGUAUCAAUCUACACAAUAUGAUCGUAGAAGACGAACGAGAUGGGUACACUCAGUUUGAUGUAUCAGUUUUUGCACAACCGGAAUCAAACCGAAGUUCACAAGUGUAUUUCACGUAUUCUACUGAUAUGCCUUCAAAUCUCGGCAAUAUGAUGAGCAUUCGGAAUCGAGUUCGUGAUAAUAAAAUACAUCAACAGUUGAAAGCCGAUUUGGUUGAGCAUAUAUGGCAAAAAUUUGGAACAAAUCAAGAUUUCAACUAAUCGGUUUUUUUUCAUUUACGAUUUGUAUUUGUAUUUGUAAUAUGCUUUUAUGUCAUUUUUAUUAAAACUUUUAUGUAUGUUUUUAUUUAAAUCAUUCUAAUUAAAAAAAAAAAAAAUAAGAACCCCUAUGAGGUUCUCCCAAUGGAGAUCUAAAUAUUAAUUAGCACUAACCAAAGUUCUUAACCUGUUAAAUCACCUUUUUAACUCUUAAAUUAAUCUAAAGAACCCAAGUUCUUAUGGAUGGAGGUGCUCUAAGGAGUGAACAACAAGGCUUAACUGGUGGCGUGCCCAAUUCGAUUUUGAGAAGAUCCUUGAGGAUUUUGGCACAAACUCCAAGUUUGAGAGUUUUUCUAGGGCAACUUCUUGAGGAGGAUAUAUGGAGUUGGGGUGGGCUUGGGUUUAGGUUUGGGAAUAGAACCGCAGCCACCGCCACAAGCAGUAGUUAGCGUGAAAAAGAGAAUGUUGAAUGUGAGGAAAAUGAUAAGGGAGGCUGAGAUUUUUGAAGCCAUCUUUCCAAAGAUAUACUUCAAAUUGAGCAAUCUUAAGAUGGAAGUGUUGCUCUAGAGAGUGGUGAAGUAAAAUGAAGAGAGGAUGUGUGUAUAUAUAUUAGGAUUUCAAGGGUUUGGACAGUUAAAUAAAGCUGUCUUACUAAAUCAUUUUGAGCAAUUAUUAACUUCUUUGAUAUUUUAGUGAGAGUAGAACAUUGUUUUAUUAAGUGGUUACAAUAAAUCGUUUUUUUUCAUAUCAUUCAGAAAUGUGUACAAUCAUGGCUCUUAUUAUUAUUAUAUUUUUAACUGACAAUCAUGGCUCUUAUUUAGUAGUGAAAAACUGAAGGAUAUAUAAAUAUCAACACACUGUUGUGCUGUCGUAGUUUGAAUAUGUCAAUUUUAUUGAAGGAUAACUCGUUGAUCCUGGCCGUUUUUUUUUACUAAAAGUGGAUCGUUAUUUUAUUAAAUAGUUAAGAUAAAUCGUUUUUUAUUUCAAUAUGGUAAUUUUUUACUAAUAGUAAUAAUUAGAUAUUAGUUUUUAUUUCUAAAGAGAAAAAUUGUUUUUGUAAAACUUAAUGCUAUUAUUGUCUUUAAAAUUUUAAUUCACAAAUAAUAUUAUUAAAUUAUAUAUACUUUUAAAAUUAAAUGGUUAAAGGUAAAACUUCCCAAAAACAAGAUUUAAAUUGGAAUCCAUGCACAGGUGUUGAUAAUCACUCGAUUCCUAUAUGUAGCUGGCGCUGGCGAUUAUCUUUGAAGAUUGGUAAUUUGGAAUUUUAUGACCCACAGUCUGGCUUUUCAUAUGUGUAUUGGCUUGUACUUCGUGUUUUAUUGUAACUGUCUUGAUCAUAAUAUCAUUAGUGCUAAAAUGUUCAACAAUUCUCAUUAAUUCCGAUUUUAAAAUGAAUGUAAACCGUAGCAGAUCUGACGGAAGCUAAAGGAAAAAUCUACAAUACAAAUAUGGUCGAGUGGUACGGUGAGAUUGGAAAGAUGUUAAGGACUCCUGGUUCGAAACCCUAUCAUUUCAGAUAUGUUUGUUUGUGUAGUCAGGUGAAAUAGAUAUCUAAUUCUCACUGCGAGAAACAUGAUUUUGAUGGCAUUGAUGGGCAGGCCCUAGAGAUUAGUCGGUACGGAAAAAUCACAUACCUUCGCAAGUUUUAUUGACCUCCAACAUAAACUUACAAAAGGGGAUAUUGACACAAAAAUUUAUAUAUUAGUUUUGUUUUUCUAUAAAUAUUAAAUAUGGAAUCUCAACAUACUUUUUUGAAAUGAUGAUUCUUAUUAGUAUAUUUGAACCGAAUCACAUUGUAGGACCGGUAACUGAUUUCUUUUUGAUCAUUUUACUUGGUUAACAAAUAAAGUUCUUAUAAAAAUUGAACUCUGGCCGUCUGUACAGGAAUCUCAGAAGGGUCAAAUGAGAGGGGAAAUAUUUAAGGCUCCUCAGUCACUAAAUCUUUCCCAGCAGUGGCACAAGCUCAAAAUUCGCUAAACAGGAAAGAAGAUGCUAUUUGAUUUCCAUGGGCAGCAAAGAUGAAUCCUGCUUCUAGGAAUCUUUACCGAGCAACAGAACCUGAGUACCUGGAAGAUGGUACUCCUAAGUUAGAUAUACCAAGGCAUGUUCUCUUACAAGGAUUAGAGAAUCAAAAAGAAUAUAUCUUGGUUCAGUUCUAUAGAUGCUUGCCUCCGCCUGGUGGUUUAAUCUAUGCAGUUUUCAAUAAGUUAUGGGGAAGGAAAUGUAGAAUCACUAUAAUGAAGCUUGGGGAAUCUAAUUACUUGUUCCAUAUUCCCGAUGAAUCGACUAGAAUGUGGGUUCUUCAAAGAGGGCUUUGGCAUGUUGAUGACUGCUUAAUGUUUGUUGCUCCAUGGAAACCGGAAGCAUCUUUAGCUAUCCCGGAGAUCAAAACUGUUCCGGUGUGGGUAACUUUGAAGAAAAUUCCUAACAUCUUCUACUCUAUUCCUGGAAUAAGUCAUAUAGCUUCUGGUUUAUGUGCUCCGAUGGCAACUCACAAACCCCGGUUAGAUCCCAUUUUAAUGGGUGAAGCUAAGAUUUUGGUUGAGGUAAAGUUAAGCAAAGCAUUUCCUUCAAAAAUCGCUGCUAAUGAUGAAAAUGGUUUCAUUUCCAUGGUUGAUGUAGAAUAUGCUUGGUUGCCUUCGAAAUGUAGUAGAUGUGGUCAGCUUGGGCAUAAGGUCAAGCGUUGCUUGCAAAAGGUCGAUGAGUCCCAUAUUGCUGCUCCCAAGGAUAUUGAGAUGGCCUCCAACAUUAGUGAUGUGGUUACGACCACUUCUGUCACUGCCUUUGAAUCUCCUCAACCUAACACUACUUUAGUUCCAGUUUCAGAGAUUGUUGUAUCUCCUGACAUUCUUCUGGAUGUACACAAUGAAUCCAACUUGGUUGAUUCAAAUACUGUUGCCAAAGUUGACAAUCUCAUACCACUAGCUACAAUCUCUGUUCUUGAAGACAUGUAUGUUUCCAUAACAGCUCAGUCUGCACUAACCAACAUCAAAGAAACCAUUGAGUCCAGUUGUGGAGUCUGCCCAGAUUUUACCAGUUAUUGACACUCAUAUUGCUCAUGCAACCUCUAUGGUCCAGAGGGAAAGUAGUAGAAUAGAUGAGCCGACCUUGGUUCCAACAAGUUUGCCUCAUUGAUUACUCUUGAGGAAGAAGAAGACUCAUCAGAUUCAGACAAAGAGAUUGAUCCGAUGAAUGAUUUGACACCUUUAGGAAAGAGGAUUCUCAGAGAGAGACCGGUUAAACCAUCCAUAAAAGCUAAAGAGAUGCAUUUGCAGUCAACGGUUCGUGGAAGGGGAAACCGAGGUCGUGGAUCGAGGUGGACGUGGCUAGAAGUAUCUCCUUCAUAGUAUUUUAAGUCAGUCCAAGAUCGAUCUUUGAUUGUUUCUGGUUCAUCAUAUGUUCCAUUUUCUUGUUAUCACUUGUCAAAACACUGUAUGACUACGGUCAUGGCUUGUAAUAGGUUAAUAAUAUUAAAAAAAAAAAGUUCUUAUAAAAAGUUUCAUAGGCUUUGGACUAUUCGCAUGGUUGUAAAGAGAACCGUAGCAACUAAUGCAACAUCAACACAAACAAAAAGUGUUUUCAAAGACACAGAGUAAGCAAGCUAGUGAAUACAUAUGUCUAUAAGGGAACCAUUGUCCCCUAAAAACACAAGACAAACGCACACAUCAUAUUCACACACAAGACAAACGCACGCAUCGUGAGUCGUUAAUCAAACGGUAGCAGCAAUGGAAUACACGAAUUUGUAAGACUUGGGUACUUUAAGCAGAGCAUCGAACCACUCGACCUUCCCCCAAACCUGUUCACCGCUGCUGCGCAUUUCCAGAGAAAUCUCAGCACACCAAAUCAUCUUCUCCUUAUUCCCAGCAGGCACAUACUUAUCCCAAAACACCACCAUCUUACCACUACAAUCAACCAAAUUAACAUUGCUAUAACGGGCAAGCUUAGACAGUCCUUCCAAACCUUCAACUUUCUUCCAACCAUCUACCUCGGCGCUAUUGUUAGACCAAAGAAACUCUCCAGUAGAUCCAUAACAAUAGUAUAUUUUCUCUAUCAAACAAGCACUACCAAACUCUACCAAGUCCUUUGUAAGGAAAACACUCCUACCAGACGCUGAAUCAACAAGUCCUUCGACCACCCACGUGUGCGUUCGGCAGUCGAGGAAGAAUACGUUAGACGAGCAGGAGGUGACGUCAUCUUCUUUGUUGAUGGCGUAGAGUUUAUGAUCAA